UUCACUUGUCUAGAGCUGUUUGAGUUUGUUUUUAGGGUUUUAUCUCUGCCUGUCACUUUUACAAACUUUUCUAGGGUUUUAGUCUUCUUCUCUCAAUUACAAUGGUGAAUCCCAAGAAACCAGCUCUCGAUCUCUCAGAUCUCGACGGCGCCUUGGCCGCCGACGGCUCCGCUCUUAGUGCAGAGGAGAAGUCUGGUCUUGUUAAUGCUCUCAAGGAUAAGCUUAAGAACUUGGGCGGGCCGCACACUGAUAUUCUCGAGAGCUUGUCACCCGUGGUUCGAAAGCGUGUUGAGGCUUUGAAAGAUAUUCAGAGCCAUCAUGAUGAGUUAGAGGCAAAGUUCUUUGAAGAGAAAGCAGCUCUUGAAGCUAAAUACCAAAAACUAUAUGAGCCUCUAUACUCUAAGAGGUAUGAAAUAGUCAAUGGUAUUGUUGAACCGGAAGGUGUUGAAAGUAAUGAUGCAUUGAAGCAGGAAGUUGGCCAAGAAAAAGAUGCAGAAAAAGGUGUGCCUGAAUUCUGGGUCACUGCCAUGAAAACUAACGAGAUAUUGGCUGAAGAGAUCUCUGAGCGUGAUGAGGAGGCUCUUAAGUAUCUGAGGGAUAUUAAGUGGUGUAGAAUUGAUAAUCCCAAAGGCUUUAAGCUUGAUUUCUUCUUUGACACCAAUCCUUUCUUCAAGAACUCUGUUUUGACGAAAGUAUAUCACAUGAUUGAUGAUGAGGAGCCUAUAUUGGAGAAGGCAAUUGGGACGGAGAUUGAAUGGUAUCCUGGAAAAUGCUUGACUCACAAAAUAUUAAAGAAGAAGCCAAAAAAGGGAUCAAAGAAUGCCAAACCCAUUACCAAGACUGAAAAUUGUGAUAGUUUCUUUAAUUUCUUUAGUCCACCCGAGGUGCCUGAGGAUGAUGAUGACUUAGAUGAAGAUGCUGCUGAGGAGCUUCAAAAUCAAAUGGAACAGGAUUAUGACAUUGGGUCAACAAUUCGGGACAAAAUUAUACCUCAUGCCGUGUCAUGGUUUACUGGAGAAGCAGCACUGGGUGAUGAUUUCGAAGACAUGGAAGAUGAUGAAGACGAUGAUGGUGAGGAUGAAGAUGAAGAAGAGGAUGAGGAUGAGGAGGAAGAUGAUGAUGAAGACGAAGAUGAAGAUGAUGUUAAGAAUAGGAAGAAGUCAUCCGGAUCAAAGAAGAGUGGGAGAUCACAAGCUGCCGGGGAAGGUCAGCAGGGUGAACGUCCUCCAGAGUGCAAACAACAGUAAAGUUGAAGGCUGAAGCAGCAUAUGGAACCCGAUUGUUUUUGGUUUCAAUUUUUUGGUUUAUUUUUCCUCAUGCUCCUUGGUUAUUCUGGGUUUUGGGCUGUUCAAAAUUUUAUCCUCUCAAUUGCAAUUGCUCUUCUACUAA